CCCCACAUUUCUCACUCCAACUCUCUCUCUCUCUCUCUCCUCUGUAUUCUCUGUUUUUUGUUGUUUUUAAUCUUCUUCAUUUCGAGCCCACAAACUAACAAAGAAAUUAUUUCAUCAUUGCUGCUUCUUCACCUCUGCGAUUGUUUGUUUUUCUUUUUUUCUUGCGGAGAAAGUUUGUGGCUAGGGUUUUUUUUUGUUGAUUUUUCAUCUGGGGUUUCGAGUUUUUCUCUGAAUUUUGUGUUCUUGAUCGAUAUGGAGAACGAGUUCUUUAUGAACGAUGGAUGCGGUUUUUCUGGGAUGGAAAUUCAACCUAAUGAGUUGAAUUCGAGUGGGUUGUUUACUCCCAAUUGGGAGAAUUCGAUGGAUCAGAGCGAUCUCUUUGAGUCUACUUUGAGUUCAAUUGUGUCUUCUCCGGUGAAUUCUCACGCUGGAAAUGUUAUCGGCGGUGGCGGUGGAGGUGGAGACAACUUGAUGAUGCGAGAAUUGAUCGGAAGGCUUGGGAGUAUUUGCAAUUCUGGUGAGAUUUCGCCUCAUUCUUACAUUGGUGGAACGAACAAUAACAGUACGAACACUUCUUGUUACAACACGCCUUUGAAUUCUCCUCCCAAGCUCAAUUUGUCUUCGAUCGGAGGGAAUUUGAUUCCCCUUCAUCAAAAUCUGGCUCCAUUUUCGGCUGAUCCUGGGUUUACUGAGAGGGCUGCGAGAUUUUCUUGCUUUGGGAACAGGAAUCUUGCGGGCUUGAAUGGCCACUUGAGUUCUAAUGAAACCCUAGAAUUGGGAGCUGGGAUGGAAUCUGGAAAGCUAUCCAGAGUUUCAAGUAACAAAUCCUUCUACAUUGGUGGAAUUGGAUCCCAAAUGGGGGUUCAAGAAGGCGAGCAAAGCCCAAUCCAGAAGGGGAAUUCCAUGAGAAUCCCUAACAAGAAGGUACUGAACAGGUUUUUGAGGUCUUCGACCCCUGAAAACACCGGCGAUUCACCGGAGGGAUCGUCGGUUUCCGAACAGAUUACAAGUGGGGAAUUGGGUUUCAAAGGUAAACCAGAAAUCAACACUAGGAAAAGGAAAUCAAUUCUCACUGGACAAGCAAAAGAUUUGAAGGUUGCAGGAGAGAAGCAUGAAUCAAAUGGAAAGAAAAUCAAACCAGAUGAAGCUUCUAAGAAGGAGAUUGAUGCUGCAAAAGGGAAGGCAGAGGCCAAAGAUGGCUCAAAAGCUUUAGGAGUAGCAAAUCCUAAGCAAAAGAAUGACAAUUCAAAGCCUCCAGAGCCUCCGAAGGAUUAUAUCCAUGUCAGAGCUGGAAGGGGUCAAGCAACAGAUAGCCACAGUUUGGCUGAAAGAGUCCGACGAGAGAAAAUCAGCAAACGGAUGAAGUUUCUUCAAGAUCUCGUCCCCAGUUGCAAUAAGGUAACUGGGAAGGCUGUCAUGCUUGAUGAAAUCAUAAACUAUGUUCAGUCUUUGCAGCGCCAAGUUGAGUUUCUUUCAAUGAAAUUGACCACUGUCAAUCCAAGGAUGGAUUUGAACAUGGAGACCCUUUUGCCAAAGGAUAUCUUCAAAGGUCCCGGUUCGUCGUCGCUAACGGUUUACCCUAUGGAUUCAUCCAUGCCCGCAUUUGCAUAUGACUAUCAAUCUAUGCACAUGCCUCCUCUUCAUAGUAGCAUUUCUAAUGGGACAGAGAAGCAAUUCUCAGUUGCCUCAUCAAGUGAUCAGCCAAGAAAUCUAAGCGCACAAAUACCGAGUGGAUACAACGAAGUUGGGAACGGAAUCCAAAUUUCAAAGUUCUGGGAGGAUGAACUCCACACCGUAGUUCAAAUGGGUUAUGGACAAAACCAGCUGCAGAUUUCUAAUGGCUCUAUGGCUGCAGAUGAGAUGAAAAGUGAACGGUAAAAGACUCCAGAACAGAAACUGCUGAAUUCCAUGGCGGCCUCCCCAAGGUGAGAGAGGCUUUUUCUGUACAUAGAGAGGGAUUCCAGUUCCAUUCUUUCUUCUUUUUGGUUCUUUCUGAAAAUUAUGUGUCAGCCACUCAUUCUUUUGGAGCGUUCUUUCAAGAAUUCCUCUCUGUAUAAUGCUAGAACUAAUUGGCAGCGAAAACUGGUGGUGGCCUCAUUUUUUAUCAGACCACAUUUAUGCUUUUAAUAGCCAUUGUAAAAGUAGUGUUGGAAAAAGAUUGAAAAGUUCUGACAUUCAAUCCAACCAUUUGUAUUAUUACUACUCAUAAAUCAUAAAUGUUAUCAUUGUUCCUCUUAGACAA